AUGUUUUGUGGUGUAGGAGUAGCUCAUUUAGGUAAUCAGUUAGAUAGUUACAUAAGCGCAUUGAAUAAACCUGUACGCGUUGAACGUCUAUCCAAUCGUAGUGGUUUAAUACGUGCCCGCUUAUAUGGUGCAAACAUUUCCACUGGUAAAACACUGACAUUCUUAGAUGCACAUUGUGAAGUAACUGUUGGUUGGCUAGAAACUUUAUUAAGUCAUAUUGCAGAGAAUACAAAACGUAUAGUUUGCCCAAUUAUUGAUGUAAUCAGUCAUGAUACAUUUGAAUAUCUUCUUGGUUCCGAUCGUACAUGGGGUACAUUUGAUUGGCAUUUUACUUUUCACUGGGAAACUAUUGUCGAUAGAGAAAUAGAUCGUAUUCAUGAUAAUCACAAUGUUCCAAUACGAACACCUACUAUGGCUGGUGGUUUAUUCACCAUAACUCGAGAAUAUUUUUAUCAGCUUGGUGCCUAUGAUGAAGGUAUGGAAAUAUGGGGUGGUGAAAAUAUUGAAUUAUCAUUUCGUGUUUGGCAAUGUGGCGGUGAGCUGUUAAUUGAUCCAUGCAGUCGUGUUGGACAUGUAUUUCGUAAAUCAUCUCCUUAUACAUGGCCUGGUGGUGUUAGUCAUAUAUUAUAUAAAAAUUUUGUACGUACCGCUUUAGUUUGGUUAGACCAGUAUAGUCGAUUUUAUUUCAUGCUAAAUCCAUCUGCCCUAUCAGUGGAUUAUGGUGAUAUUUCUGAGCGUAAAAAACUACGUCAACAAUUAAAAUGUAAAAGUUUUCAAUGGUAUUUACAAAAUAUUUAUCCGGAAUCUUCAGUUCCAAUUGAUGUGAUAAGAUUAGGUGAAAUUCGUCAUAGAUUAACUGGACAUUGUAUUGAUUCACUUGGUCAUAAAGUGGAUGAAACUGUCGGUGCUUCACAUUGUCAUGGACAAGGUGGUAAUCAAAUAUUUGCAAUCACUGAACUUGGUACAAUACGUGUUCAUGUAGGUUGUAUAGAUGGUGGAAAUAAUCGUAAUCUCGAGACUGGAGUAUUAGUUUUUAAAAAAUGUAAAAAAAAUAGUAUUGGUCAAAAAUUUGAAUUUAUCAAUGAUCAAAUAAUUCAUAAAGCAACAAAAUUGUGCCUUGUUAUUGUUUCCACUGGUAAAAGUGUACGACUUACAUUAAUCUAUAUAUUGUUUAAAAUUUAA